GAGAGGAUCAUGGCGGAUGGCCCCAGGUGUAAGCGCAGAAAACAGGCGAACCCGAAGAGGAGCAGUGUGACAGAAUUCAACAAUGGCUUGGAGGCCAGCUCAGACUCUGAUGACGAGGACAAGCUACACAUCGUGGAGGAGGACAGUCUGCAGGAGCCCGAGGUCGCCGCCGCUGAUGGGACCACACCGAAGGACAGCCAUGACGACGCCAAAACAGUAUUACCCUUCAACGGCUCCUGGAACGGAGUGAAGGAGGAGUGCGUGUCAGAAGAAGAAGAAGGAGAAGGAGUAGAGGGAGAAGAAGAAGGAGAAGAGGAGGAGGUGGUGAAGGAUGCCCUAGUAGAGGAGAUUCUCCAGCAGGGAGACACAGCCGUCAUCUAUCCCGAAGCUCCCGAGGACGAGCAGAGUCCAGCGGAGACGGGAGGCGCUGAUGAAAACGGCACCCCAGAUUCCUUCUCCCAGUUGCACACUUGCCCCUACUGCUCCCGGGGCUACAAGCGCAACGCCUCGCUGAAGGAGCACAUCAAGUAUCGCCACGAGACCAGCGAGGACAACUACAGCUGCUCGCACUGCAGCUACACCUUCACGUACCGCUCGCAGCUGGAGAGGCACAUGAGCCACCACAGGGGCACCAGGGAGCAGGUUUCCCAGACGACAGGAGGAACAGGUGGAACCCGAAAAUUCAAGUGUACUGAAUGUUCCAAGGCCUUCAAAUACAAGCAUCACCUGAAGGAGCACCUGCGCAUUCACAGCGGUGAGAAACCAUACGAAUGCUCAAACUGCAAGAAGCGAUUCUCCCACUCAGGCUCCUACAGCUCUCACAUCAGUAGUAAGAAGUGUGUGAGUGCGGCACCCACGAACGGCGUCACCCGGACAUCGAUCAAGAUCAAGUCCCCUCCCACCACGGCGACCACACCUGUGAUGAUCGCUCCAGCUCGCGUGAUAUUGAAAGAGAAGACUGAAAGCAAACCCCUUCAAGAGCAGCUCCCCGUCACCCAGAUCAAAUCUGAACCUGUGGAAUACGAGUGCAAGCCAGCGACGGCAGCACCGGCAACGUCAACUGGUGCCAACGGAGUGGUAAACGGAGGGACGGCGACGCCUGCUGCGGUUCAGGCUGCAACGCUGCCUCAGGGCGUGGCUAUGGUCGUACCCACAGUCGGCCUGAUGUCACCCAUCAGUAUCAAUCUGAAUGACUUGCAGAAUGUGUUGAAGGUGGCCAUGGAUGGGAAUGUGCUCAGGCAGGUGAUGGGUACAGCCAACAGGGUGGUGACGCAGGGGAAGCAGGGAAUCGUAGUCCAGCAGCCCCAGCAGCAGAUCAUCAGCCUGCCGGCCUUUGUGGAUCACGAUGGCACCACAAAGAUCAUCAUCAACUACAGCAUCAGCCCUGCAGCUGCCACCACUGCCACUACCCACCCUGCACCUUUUAUCGUUAAAAACAAUCCUCUUCCCCCUCCUACGGUUACCAGCGCUGCAGCCCCCACCCCCACCAAAACAGAUAGACCCCAAACCCCUGAGGUGGCUGACCUCACCAUUGUCAAGGCAGAGCCAGAGCCAGAACCUGUCACGGUGACGGAGUCGGAGGCAUCCACACAGACAGGAAAAGGAACUGUUAAGACUUCAAAGACUUCACACACUGAAAAAGCUCAGAUGCCAAAACCCAACAGCUCCAGUACGUGUUUACUAUGUGAUGACUGUCCUGACAACCUGGAGGCAUUGCACCUGCUCCAGCAUCGCAAAGCAGCCAACGGGGAGGCUGUCGACUCCGCCGCCCUCGACCCCUCAUUCGCCGCUCUGCUAAGCGAAGCGGGGGUGACGCUGGAAGAACCGCCUGUGGAAGACCUCGUCUCACUCCUCAAGACGUAUUUCGCCUCCAACGCCAACCCCAGCCAGGAGGAGCUGAGGAAGAUCUCAGAGUCUGUCAGUAUUCCCGUGGAGGUGGUCAGAAAGUGGUUUGUUAAGAUGAACUCUGGGAAAAAUGCGAGAAAAUAUCGCAAAGAAGCAGCGCUUUCCAAAAAGACUGAAAUCACAAAUUCCAAUUCAGAGGAUGCUUCAAAUCAGAAUGGAGAGACGAUGCAGGACACCAAACUAGAGGAAUCUGCCAAAGUCUCAACAGAAUCUGGAAGUGCUUCCCCUUCAUCGCCACUAAGCCUCAACACCGGUGACCUCGUCAUCGUUAAAAGCGAACCAGAAGACCCAGAGGCUCUGGACUCCCAGGCAGAGCCCCUAGACCUCUCCCUUCCUAAACACCUUGCAGCAUUGGCAACUACGAGGACAACACCCCCCCUCAAACAACAGGAACACCCUCUGAACCUGACCUGCCUGAGGAAGGAGCAGCUCGAGGGUCAAACCAUCUUUGUGAACACACCUCAGACCGGAAGACCUGUCAACAUCGUCACCGCCGCACAGCUGCCCACCCUGGUGGCCAUCGCUGGUCAGGGCACGGUGGGCUGUCUCAGCGCCAUCAACACCACAACGAAGCGAACCAUCCUCAUCCCCCAGCUCACUUACACCUACGCUACUACGGCCGGCAGCACCACUGAAGCAAAGACUGUCGUACUUAACGGACAUAAGCCGGAGAAGAGACCGGACAGCAGCUCUGAUGGCAAUUCCACGGUGGAGGAGCAGCACGAGUUGGCUAUUAUCAAGAAGCGGCGGCUGGAAAACGGCGUGUACCCCUGUGAUCUUUGCUCUAAGGUCUUCCAGAAGGGCAGCUCCCUGCUCAGGCACAAAUAUGAACACACAGGAAAACGCCCCCACGAGUGCAACAUCUGCAAGAAGGCCUUCAAACACAAGCAUCACCUGAUCGAACACUCGAGGCUGCACUCGGGUGAAAAACCGUACCAGUGCGACAAGUGCGGGAAGCGUUUCUCUCACUCCGGCUCUUACUCCCAGCACAUGAACCACCGUUACUCCUACUGCAAGAAGGACGGGAUGAGCGCGGGCUCCGGCUCGGGUCCUGGCCUUUUCCAGUCGGAGCUCAGCAGCCCCGGAGCUGGACCGCAGUCGGACAGCCGGACCACGACCCCGCCCUCCCAACUGGACUCAGACGAGAGGGAGAGCGAGGAGGAAGAGGACGACGACGACGAGGCCAUGUGCAUGGACGACAUCCGGGUGGUGCAGGUGGACGACGGCGAGUGCGAGAUCUACGAGGGUAAUUUUGAGGAAUUCGCUGGCGAGGAAGAGGUGGUGGUAGAGAAUGAGCCAACAGGAGAAGGAGAAGAAGAAGAAGAAGAGGCAGCAGAGGGAGAGAAGGCGGAUGAGGAAGAGGAAGAGGAAGAGGUCGUUUCUGAGGUGGUGAAAGUCAAACUGGUGGACGACCAGCGAGAGGAUGAGGAAGAGAUGGAGGAAAUAACUGAAGAGAUGGAGGAAAUAACCGAAGAGAUGGAGGAAAUAACCGAAGAGAUGGAGGAAAUAACCGAAGAGAUGGAGGAAAUAACCGAAGAGAUGGAGGAAAUCACCGAAGACAUGGAGGAAAUAACCGAAGAGAAGGAGGAAAUAACUGACGAAAAAGAGGAAAUAACUGAAGAGAAGGACGAAAUAACUGAAGAGAAGGAGGAAAUAACUGAAGAAAAGGAGGAAAUAACUGAAGAGAAGGAGGAAAUAACUGAAGAGAAGGAGGAAAUAACCGAAGAAAAGGAGGAAAUAACCGAAGAAAUGGAGGAAAUAACCGAAGAAAUGGAGGAAAUAACAGAAGAAAAGGAGGAAAUUACCGAAGAAAAGGAGGACACAGCAAGUGAAGAGACAGAGGAGACGGCAGACUGUGAAGCAGAUACGGACAAAAGCAUCAGGGAGGACGCGGACAGCGGCGGCGGCGACCCCACAGAGGAAGCGGUGACAGACGCCAAAUAAAAAAAGAGGAAAAGAACAUUUCUUCGGGACAGUUCGAAAAAGUGUCGAUCAUCCGCGUCGAGUUAAAUGAAGACAAAACCGCAUCUUGCCAUCAGAAGGAAGUCAUGGCGGCGGUUGCCUGAUCUUAACGGUCCACUACUGUGUACAAAAACCCAGGUGUGCCUGAACUUGAAAAAAGAAAAAAAAAACAAGAAAACAGUGACUUUUUUUUUCUUUUCUUUCUUGUGGAAAUAUCAGUGUUAAAAAUUGUUUAUAGAAGUACAGAUUUUAAAGCCGAACUCUCCCACCAACUUGUUAGAACUUGUUACUGAGACAUCCCAGGUUGUUUUAUUGAUUGAUUGUUUUGUUUGUUCGUCUGUUUUCAUUUGAUCAGUGUUACUAAUCUUGUUCUUGUUUGAAAACAUUUUAACCUGUAAAGAUGAGAAAGAUUUCUAUACCUUUUUAUUGCCAAUGAAGUUUCCUAAAUCAGUAUUUUAUUGAGUUCUACGAACAAAAACCUCUGCACUACAGUAUUCCUGGUUUACCUAUGGAUACAUGCCUCAUGCAUCGUAUGCCCUUCAGUGUUAUAUACAUACACUAGCUAGCAAGAUGUUGUCUGUGUUAGUGUUAUGUUAAGUCUUUUGCUAGCUAGCAUUACGUUUGUUUUCAGUUUGACUGUUAGC